AUGCACGGGCCCCAGUCUGGUAUGUCUUUUGUGUAUAAAUUCUCCGAUAAAGUCGUCGGUCAAUACGACAUGCGGUGUUUGCCGAAUAAUCUCUCGGGAAGAAUGACCCUAAACGACGAGGGGAAAUAUACCCAAGGAAUCUUCGAUGGAACAACAAUCUCCUUUCUUCGACUCCAGACACCCUCGCGGCGAACCAAUUCUAAGAGAAGUAAAAAGAAUUGGGUAAAAAAAUGA